AUGUUAAGUUCAUUAAAAAAGUGGGUACAGGAUGUAACAGUUGAUCUUGCGCCACCACCGCGAUCAUCACCAUCCUCUUCUUCAAUUCCGGAAUCAACACAUCAUUAUUUUUAUUCAACAACACCUUUUAAUGAACAUCAUGAAUCAAGAUAUUCAACAUCAUCAGCUGUAUAUAUAUCAAAACCGGUAUCAAUGGAUAGUAUGCGAAGUUCAAGAGCGAGUACGAUUUUAAUUCCACCACCUGUAAUAACACCGGCUGAAAUCGAUUUAAGUCAUUUAAAUCGAGAAGAACAAGAACAUAUAGCUAAUGUAUUGAGACGAGCAAGAGCUGUUGAUGAACAACAAUCUCCUUUAUUACCAGUAACUACUACUAUUCCAUCAACUAUGUCACCAGCAGCAUCAAUCUCACCAUCAUCAUCAUCAUCAACCUCGACGAAUAGUUUUGUUAGUGACAAGCUAGAAAAAUAUGAUAAUGAAAUUAACAAUGAAGUUGAAAAGUUUCUAACAUCACAAGAAUCAACAUUAACGACUAUUAUUCAUCAACAAUGUCAAAUAUGCGGUAAAAUACAAAAAGAAAAUUUCUCAAUUUGUUCUCAAUGUGAAGAGAAUAAAUCGAUUGAUUAUAAACUCGAGAAUAAUAUUACGUUUACAAAUCAACAACCGACAUCAAUAAAAAAAACACUCUCGCCUAUAUCAGCUACAACUAAUCAUAAUAAUAAUGAAGGAGAUAGGAUCUAUGAUAAUAUCAUGACAAUAGAACAAGAAAUACAAGAUAGAAAUUAUAAUUCUUAUACAAAAAAUCAUGUUGAACAAAAUAGUGAUCAAUCAAUUAUUUCUGAUUUAUCUCGAACAAAUAAUCUAACUGAAAUCGAUGAAAAUGAAUUUUUCUAUGAAGAACCAAGUCCAUAUAUAACAUCAAAUAAAAUUGAAGAACAACAACAAAUCAUAUCAUCAUAUAAAAUUGAAGAAGAUAUUGAUGAAGAUAAUCAUGAUGAACAUGAUCAUGUUAAAGAAUUAGAAAAAACUAUAGAAAAUUUAUCUCGAUAUAUUCCAUUAGAAGAAAUUGAAAGAAAUAAUUCAUCAAUAUUACCUGGAAAAAAAAAUGUUACAAAUUUAAUUCUUGAAAUGGAAAUUGAUUCACCAUCGGCAAAUGAAUUUUCUUCUCAUCCUCCUACACAUCCGCUUAGUCUUUCUAUUUCUGUGCCUCCUCCAAUUAAUAAUCGUCGAGGUAGUCUUAGUCGUUCGAAUGGUAUACGAGAAAAUCUAACUGAUCUUCUUAUACCAGCAAUACCUGAAUCUUAUCAAUCAAUACAAAAAAUAUCAUCGACAUUCAAUAAGCGUAUGCUAUCUCCAAACCGACAUAAACGUAAUUUACCAUCUGUACCAAAUUUCACUCCUUUAACUCAAUUACAAUUACGUCGUGCUAAUUCGGAAUCACGUUUUACUCUUCCAGCAGUUCCUAUAAUGAAUUCUCAACAGAAUCUUGAGGAUGAAAGUGAUUUACUUGAAAUUGAUCUUACUGAUCCGAUUGGUUCAAUGAAUCGAACAUUAUCUUCAAAAUUUGAAUAUGAAUCAAAACCUAGUAUUGUAAAUAAUCAACAUCUAAGUAUGUCAAAUGAUAAUUUUAAAUCUAAAAUUAAACAAUUACGAGAUCAAACAACAAAUACUCCUCCAUUAUCAAGUUUAAAAUUAUCAAUGAAAUCAUCGAAGAAAAAAUUAAAAAAAAAAGAUAUUUCUCCAUUAAGUAAUAUCAUUGAAUCACUUGCUUCUCCAAUCAAUCCACCAACUAGAAAAUUACAAAAGAGUACAAGUACAGAAAUAACCUAUCCAUUUCCAAUAACAAAACUUAUAUUAAAUCCAUCUCGACAUAAUACAUCUACUGGUUUAGGUUUUCGUAUAACUGGUGGUCAUUCAAUUGCUCAUUGUAUGGAAGUCACAGCGAUUAUUGAAAAUAUUAAUACAAAUCAUCGAAAUUAUCAAAUACUUAAAAAUGUUGUUCAAGAAGGUUCGUUUUAUUUUCCUAAAAAACAACCAAAUUUUCAUUAUGAAUUUACAGGUGAUGAAGUACUUGAACUUGGUGGUGUAUCAUUACGUGGUAAGAGUGCUUUAUUUGUUGAAAAUCUGAUGAAUACAAUACAAAAUGAAUUCGAAAUAAUUGUUCGUAAACAAUCGACUAAUACAUUUGUAACAACUGAUAAUAAUAUUCAACGAAGACAUUCAAUAGAUAUCUUAAAAUUAGCACCAACAAAUAAUACAGUUACAAAAUCGAAAUCAACAUCGAUUUGUUCACUUCAAAAAAAAACAAUAGUAUCGAAUGAUAUAUCUAAACAAGAAGGAGACAAACUUUUACCAACAAAUAUCUUAACAUCAGCUGAAGAAUCAUCAAAUUUAUUUUCACAUCGUCCUCGUUCAAGUUUAUUACCGAAUGAUCCUGGUUUAAAUGGUGCUGGAAGUAGUUUAAGUAUUGAACGAGAGAAUUCAAAUGAAUCAGAUGAAUGUGAUAGUUUAUCACAAUAUUUUCAAACAUCACAAAAUCAAUUAGAUCAUUCAAUGGUUAAAUUAUUAUCACAUGGACGUAGUCAAAGUGUUAUACCAAUUGCAAGUGAUCGAAUGACUACAUCACGUCAUUUACAAAAUUUUCUUAAAUCCGAUAAUAAACAACGAGCAGCAAGAGGUUCAACAAGUAUCGAAAGAAAAUCGUCAUUAGCAUUAGCUUCAUUAAAAUUUCUUAAGAAAAAAACGAAAUCAGUCGAUUUUUCUAGUCAAAAUAAUGUUAUUGUUAAUCAAUUACGUGAAAAUGAUUAUGCUGGUGAUAUUGAAAUACAAAUAGGACAUAAUAGUGAACGUGAACAAUUAGUUGUUCGAAUAAUUCAAGCAAAAAAUUUAUUACCAAAAGAUGCAAAUGGUUUUUCAGAUCCAUUUGUUAAAAUUUAUUUACUACCAGGAAGAGAUCAAGAAAAUAAACGUCGAAUAAAACAUGUAUCGAAAACAUUAAAUCCUGUGUGGGAUCAAACUGUUACAUACGGACAUAUGCAUCGAGAAGAAUUACAAUAUAAAAAACUUGAAUUUACGAUAUGGGAUUAUGAUCGUUUUAAAGCAAAUGAUUUUCUUGGUCAAGUCACAAUUGAUUUAAAAAAUCCAAAAGUAAUUGAUGAUAAAUCUCAUUGGUAUCGUCUUCAAGCAUUACGAUCUCGUGAAGAAGCAACAAAUCGUGGUUCAUCACCGCGUUUAUUUAAAAUGAUCUCAGCUGAUUCAUCAGCUUCAUCAUUAUCAACUGUAAAUAAAAAUUCUGUGAAUAUCCAAUCACGUAUUAUUACUCCACUAAAAUAA